AUGGAUGUGUCUAAGGCGCAGCGGUUUAUAGAGCGAGGCUCUCAUAAGGGCAAGGGUCUCGCAGUGUUUACGAGUGGUGGUGACUCUCAGGGUAUGAAUGCAGCCGUUCGCUCUGUGGUUCGGAUGGGCAUAUACUUGGGCUGUAAAGUUUACUUCAUACGUGAAGGGUACCAGGGCAUGGUUGACGGUGGUGAUAAUAUUGAGGAAGCAAACUGGUCGUCUGUGAGUUCUAUCAUACACAAAGGUGGUACAAUCAUUGGUUCUGCUCGCUGUAUGGAUUUUAUGCAAAAGGAAGGGCGCUUAAAGGCAGCUAAUAAUCUAGUGUCCAGGGGUAUUACUAACUUAGUGGUCAUUGGUGGUGAUGGAUCACUAACUGGAGCAAAUUUAUUUCGUCAAGAAUGGUCCAAUCUAUUAGAUGAACUGUUGGAAAAUAAUAAAAUAACCAAGGAUCAGCGAGAAAAAUACAAAUAUCUGCAUAUAGCUGGCUUGGUUGGUUCCAUUGACAAUGACUUCUGCGGAACGGACAUGACAAUUGGAACUGAUUCUGCACUGCAUCGCAUAAUAGAAGCCAUUGAUGCCAUUGUCAGCACAGCCUAUUCCCAUCAAAGGACUUUUAUUAUGGAGGUCAUGGGACGUCAUUGUGGUUUUCUUGCAGUGUACACAGCACUCUGUACGGAUGCUACUUAUAGUUUUAUUUGUGAAGACCCAGCGCCCCUCAAUUGGGACAAAAAGAUUUAUCUGGCCCUAGUGGCCGCUCUGGCGAGCGAGGCUGAUCAAGUAUUCAUUCCCGAAGACCCUGUUCCCAAUAAUUGGGUUGAGAAACUUUGCAAAAGAUUGCAACAGGAAAGAAAAUCUGGUCAACGCCUGAACAUCAUAAUAGUCGCUGAAGGCGCUAUCGACCGCGAAGGCAAGCCGAUCACCGCCGAGUUGGUGAAGAAGGUCGUGGUCGACAAUCUGCAGCAGGACACGAGGAUCACAGUGCUCGGUCAUGUCCAGCGAGGUGGAUCACCCUCGGCUUUUGAUAGGAUUUUAGGAUGUCGUAUGGGUGCGGAAGCGGUAAUGGCCCUGAUGGAAGCAACUCCUGAAACAGAGCCGUGCGUUGUAUCCCUGGACGGAAACCAGGCUGUUCGGUUGCCACUAAUGGAGUGUGUGAGACGCACGAAAGCUGUUGCUCAGGCAAUGGCUGACAAAAACUGGGAACUAGCAGUGCAACUACGCGGGCGCAGUUUCGCACGCAACUUGGAGACGUACAAAAUGUUGACUCGCCUGAAACCACCCAAGGAAGCUUUCAACGCAUCUGGCAAGCCAGCUGAAGGCCUCACGCUAGCUAUAAUGCACGUUGGCGCGCCUGCUUGCGGUAUGAACGCGGCCGUUCGUUCAUUCGUCCGGAACUGCAUCUAUCGGGGCGACACCGUCCUCGGCAUACACGACGGCAUCGAAGGCUUUAUCAGCGGAAAUAUUGUCAAAAUGGACUGGUCCGACGUGACCGGGUGGGUCGGCCAAGGCGGUGCGUUCCUUGGAACCAAGCGAACAUUGGCUGGGGAUAAGAAGAGCGAAGUCGCUGCUCGCAUUCAGCAGUUCAACAUACAAGGACUCUUAAUUAUCGGAGGAUUCGAGGCUUAUCAAGCUGGUCUGGAGAUUUACGAGUCCCGAGCUCAGUUCCCCGAGUUUUGUAUCCCGCUCGUGGUAGUUCCGGCUACCAUCAGUAACAACGUUCCAGGCACUGAUUUCUCUCUGGGGACUGACACGGCGCUUAACGAGAUUACUGAAAUUUGCGACAGGAUCCGACAAUCAGCCCAGGGUACCAAACGGCGCGUCUUUGUCGUCGAAACAAUGGGCGGUUACUGUGGUUACCUGGCAACAUUAGCUGGUCUUGCCGGCGGGGCUGAUGCGGCCUACAUUUACGAGGAAAAAUUCUCUAUCAAGGAUCUCCAGCAGGACGUGUACCACAUGGCUUCCAAGAUGACUGGUGGAAUACAGCGAGGUCUCAUCCUGAGGAAUGAGAAAGCGAAUGAGAAUUAUAACACAGACUUCAUAUAUCGACUUUACUCUGAAGAAGGCAAGGGUCUCUUCACGGCGAGGAUGAAUGUAUUAGGUCACAUGCAACAAGGGGGUUCCCCGACGCCAUUUGACAGAAACAUGGGCACCAAGAUGGCCGCCAAAUGCCUGCACUGGCUGGUGGAAAUGAUUCGAAAGGGCCCGUCUAACACGGCUGACUCAGCGUGCCUCUUAGGGAUUGUGAAGAGGCAGUACAAGUUCACACCUCUUGAAGAACUCAAAUCACAGACUAACUUUUCACAAAGGGUACCGAAACAGCAGUGGUGGAUGAAAUUACGCCCCCUCCUUCGUAUUUUGGCCAAGCACGACUCGACAUACGAGGAGGAAGGAAUGUACAUGACUGUGGAGCAAGGAGAACUUGAUUCGGAAAAUGCCAUUUAA